AAUAUAUGCGAGUCGUGAUACACAUGACGACACGCACAAGCACAAGAAUGCCGUAGGAAUCCUCCGCGCUUAAACCCUCCCUUUCACAUUAAGGCUGACCUCAGAGGACACGUGGGAUUCAUUACAGGUCAAGUAUAUCGGAUAAGCCUAGUUGGCAAAAUUCCAGUCCCUCCAAGCAAUUUUACUCGUCACACCACUAUCUCUGCCUCUCGAUCUUUUCUGUGAUGUCUUGGAGAAAGAUAAUAUGAACAAAAUUUGACGAGUCCGGUAAUCGAAGGGCAAUUGAACGGGCAGUUAUUUUCUUCAAUUUGAAUCUUCCCCAAACAUGGCAGCCGCCCUGGCAUCAGUUUCUUUUAGCGGAUUUGCAAAAUUAACAGAAAGGUCGGCCUCUAGAACAUUAGUACCUAGUAGUAAUGCUAUUUUCAGCAGCAGCGGCAGCAUUAGAUGGCGAACGGUCGGUGGAGUCGAUCAGAUUGGUGGUGUUUCCCGGUCAUUUGGUCGUCCUUCAGUCUCUGUAAUUCGUUGUUCUGUGUCCAUGGCGGCAGAUAUACCUACGGUUGCAGAAACAAAGCUGGAUUUCAUAAAAGCAUACAAGCGGCCUAUUCCAAACAUAUACAGUAAUGUUAUACAGGAGCUAAUAGUACAACAGCAUUUAAUGCGAUACAAGGCGACAUAUCGAUAUGAUCCAGUAUUUGCCCUUGGCUUUGUCACUGUAUAUGACCAACUUAUGGAUGGAUACCCAAGUGACGAGGAUCGUGAAGCAAUCUUCAGAGCAUACAUAAAUGCAUUGAAGGAGGAUCCUGAACAGUACAGGAAUGACGCUAAAAAGAUGGAAGAAUGGGCCAGUUCACAAAAUGCAAGUUCUAUUGUUGAAUUUCUGUCUAGAGAUGGAGAAGUUGAGGGGAUAUUGAAGGAUAUUGCUGAACGGGCAAAGGAAAAGAAAUUUUUUAGUUAUAGUCGUUUCUUUGCAAUUGGAUUGUUCCGUCUACUUGAACAGGCAAAUGCAACUGAACCUGCUGUCUUAGAUAAGCUAUGUCAAGUCUUGAAUAUAAGCAAGCCCAGCGUGGACAGAGACCUUGAUAUUUACCGCAAUAUUCUUUCGAAAUUGGUUCAGUCAAAGGAGCUCUUGAAGGAGUAUGUUGAAAGAGAAAAGAAAAAGAGAGCGGAAAGAGAAACGAGCCAAAAAACUAGCGAGGCUGUUGCAAAAAUAGAGAGCAUGUUCUUGUAAUAUCUGUUCUAAUGAACCUCAUUGUUCUUAGCUAUUUGGUUUUGUCUCUAUGGAGUAUUUCAUCUGCCUUGACCACCUUCAAUCAAAGAUUCCGACCUUUUUUGUUGAGAUAUGAUGGAUUCUACAUCUCCGCAUAUAUAUACUAUUCAGGGUCCUCUAGGUUACUAUCUCUCCAAGUAACCUAGUAAAAUCUAGCUUCAUUAAUAGAUAAAUCUUAUGCUUCAUAGAAUUUAGUUUACUUUAAGCUAUUUCUAGGAUAUAACAUGUUCUCUAGCAUGGUUUAAUCUCCUGCACUUGAAAAUGGAAUAAGUCUCCACCUAAUUAAAAUUUUAAAUCAGUGUUAAUUGCCAAGUUACACCGAUUUAUGUUUUACAUUUUAUAAUUAUAUUUAACAAAUGUUUGAAAAUUCUUUUUAGUAUUC